AUGGUACGACGGUCGCACGGCGACGCGUACGCGCUGCUGGGAGUGUCGCACGACGCGUCGCUGGCGCAAGUGAAGGCCGCCUACCGUCGCCUGGCGCUCAAACUCCACCCAGAUGUAAACACUACGGGUGAUGCAGACGCCUUUCGGCGAAUCACAGAAGCCUACAACUACCUCCUCCACACCCCCCCGCAUCACCACACUCACUCCCACUACCCUCACGCUCGCUCCCACCGCAACUUCCGCCACGGGCCUUUCUCCACCUCCUUCACCUCAUCGAAUCCGGUUUCUACACCUGGCAGCAGGCGUUUGCCUGCCCUGAUAUGCGGCAUCGGGCUGGCCCUGGGCUGCCUCCUGUUCCCAGCUGUGCUUAUAAUGAGUAAAAUGGAUCAUUUCAACCGAUUUUAUCACUAUCCUAGUCGGGAGGAGGAAGCGAAAUGCAGGAAGGGGGAUGAAGAGAAGGAUGGAGAGGAAAGAAGUAGUGGCUCUUUGUCAAACCAUAGACAGAGUAGCAGGACUAGAGGAACCAGCAGUGGUACCAGCAGCAGUGUUGGUGGUGGGAGUGGGAGUGGGAGCGGGGUACCUUCCCUGGACGGGCUUGGAUUCGGCAGGGGACCAAUAGGAGCAGCGAUCAGCCACGCCCUAACAAGCAACAGUAGCAGAACAUCUGAGAUUCAGGAAGAGAGAAUCCAAAGAGAGAGUGGUAGCGAUGGCAGUGCUGGCAGUAGUGACAGGAGAAGCAGUAGCAGCUGGUGGAGUAGCAUGGGGGGUGGCAGCAGAGGAGGGCCGAGGGGGCCAAGCCGAGUGGUGGAGCCGACUGCUGAUGAGGAGAAGCGGCAAAGGAUUGCGAGAAUACUGCUGGAGCGAGCUCGGAAGGCGCAGGAGGAUGGGGCUGAGGAAGAGGUAAGGUGA